GAAAUUUCAGUGCAAAAUAUUGCAUUGCGGGUUGCGGCAUCGCGUAUUUUUUAAUCUAGUAUAUUAAUUUACUGUUGAAAUUAUAGUAAUAUAAUAAUUAUAUUAUUGCUUAUGUGCUUGUAAAUGUUAAUAUUUAAUAAAAAUUUAAUAAUUCAAUAUAGGUCUUCAUGUAUUAGACAAACAACUAGUGGUUAUAUGUUUAUGUACCUGUAUCACACAUGUUACAAUUAUACCUAUUUACAUGAAUAGGUAGGUGACAAAGUUUCUCUAAUAUAGCUCCUUUUGAUAAUUAGACAAUUAUAAUAAUAUGAACUCGAAUUAAUUUUGGAUUUGAUUUUCUUACUUGCCAUGUACAGCUGCUAAUAUUGACCGGUAACAACUGAUGACAUUUGAUUUGUGUUUGCUGUGAUUUUUUGAGACAUUUUCUAAAAUAUGUCUAGUGAUAUGUCUUCGAAAGCUGGGUUUGAACCUUUGGAUAUAGCAGCAGCAGCAGCAGCAGCAGCAGCGGCAGCGGCAGCAGGUAAAGCCUUCCGUAUGAGUGAGGGUGACUGGAUUUGUCCAAAUGCUCAAUGUGCCAAUAUAAAUUUUGCUCGUCGCGCUCAUUGUAACCGGUGUAAUAAAGAACGCGAAGAUUUACCAGUCAAAAAAAAAGCUGGUGCUGAAAUUGGUAAAGCUGCUGCAGAAAAAAGUAAAGGGCUAUUUUCAGCUGAUGACUGGCAGUGUAGCAAAUGUGGUAAUGUAAAUUGGGCACGUCGAUCUCAGUGUAAUAUGUGUAAUGCACCUAAAUUUGCCGAUCCUGAAGAACGUACUGGGUAUGGCGGUGGCUACAAUGACAGAGGCAUUGUUGAGUAUGUUAAGCGUGAAGAUUCGGACGAUGAGUAUGAUGAAUUUGGACGUAAGAAAAAGAAACACAAACGCUGUGGAUCAAUUAGUGAAGACUCUAAUAGUCAAAAUGGCAAAGAAGAUGAUAGUGAUAGAAAAAAAUCUAAAACUUGGUCAAAAGUUGUUGACGAAGAAGUUGAUGAUGAUGAUGACGACGAUGAUGAUGAUGAAGAUGGAGAUCUUUCGAAGUAUGAUUUGUCUGAAUGGGAUGACUUAGCUGCUGCCCAAUCUAAAAAAGCUAAAUCAAGAUCCAGAUCUAGAUCACCAAUAAAAUAAUAAUAACAUUAUUUGUAAGUAGUGAAUAAAGUUUUGAAUUUAAUACUAAGUAGGUUAUUAUUAAAAAAAAAAAGUUAUUAUUUUGGGUCCAAAAACUGACUAAGGUAGGUUGAAUAAAUAAUAUUUUUUUUAGAUAGGUACACUCUUUUUUUUCCGGUUAUUGCCAAACAGUAUUUAAACAAUUUAUAAUAAUAUAGUGUUCUUCAAUCACUGAAAUAAAAAUGUUUUGGAAACUACUAAUACUUAAUAGUAUUUGAUUAAUAAACUAUACAUAGAAUUCCGUUAUUAUUAUAAUAUAUUAAAUAGCUGUUUAUUUUUAUUUAAAAUGUUUUAUAUUCAUUUUUUAGAUGUGGCUGUCUUAAGUGUUGUUGACACGUCUACAAUCAAUAUUUUCCAACGACCAACCAACCACAAAUGAAUUUAGUUAUUAGAUUUUUUUUUCUGUCAUUUUAUUUAUUUUGAACACUAUCUAAAUAUCUAUAACUGUUACAUAUUUUUAUUUGUAUUAUUAAUUAAUAUGUCUACCUAUUACAAUAAAAAAAAAAAAAUUUAAAAAAAAUACAAAUUAAAUAUAUGUCAUUAAAAUAAGUUGUACAGCUUUUACCAGUUUUAAUAAUUCAUGCAAUUUUUCUUAUGUGCAUACAUAUUGUAAUAGUACAAUUUUUCUUUAUUUCACUAUUUGUUAAAUUUAUUUAUUUAUGAUAAAUGAUUGUCACGUUUUUUGAAUUUGUAAAAUUGCUUGCUGAAAUAUAAUGUAAGUUAAUAAUCAGUAUUAAUAACGUUAUACUCAUGAUGCAAUUUUAAAUAGAUGUUUGUAAAUAAUUUUCUAUUUCAUAUCAUACAGAUUAUUUUAAUUAAAAUUACUACAUUUCAUGACAUUGUGACUUGGAUAAGGUACUUGAAGAAUUUGCUUUCUAAAUUUUGACUAUCUAAAUUAUUGUUCCAGAUUUCUUAUUUUCAAUUCUGUAAUUCUAUUAUUAUUUGACAGACAUGUCAGAGUUAAAUUCGAGUUGGCCAUGGACACUUAUGUUUCAGUAGUUUUGUCAAUUAAUUUCUUGGGAAUAAACAUUAUAACAUGAUACUGUAAGUAUAUUUUUGCACAUUUAUGGUUCAUGUUUUGUGUCUUGUCUUGUAAUUAACUCAUAAAAUUAAUAAAACCUUUAUUUUCAUAAACUUUCCUAUUCUUUCUAUGUUUUUUCGGUAUUGCUUGUUUAUUAUUUCAUAAUAUACAUGUAAAAUCGAAAAACAACUUUCUAACUCAUCAACUAGAUUAAAAUGCCACAAAAAAGGUAUCUAGUUGUUUUGAAAUUCACAGUGUUGCUUGGAGCAGCAUUCGACGGCAUAAAAUAUUUAAUAAAAUUGAGACUUUGACAUUAAAACUGUUUCGGGAAAGAACUGAGAGGGCUACAGCUAUAGUUAAGAUACCAAAUUGUCUUAAUAUAAAAAGAAAAACCUUGGCUGCGAAAGAUCAUUUUUAUUUUUUCGAUAUCAGAACUAUAAAAUAAGUUAUUCAAGUUUGAAAAACAAAUAAUAAAGGAUAUUGAAAUAAUAAUAACUCUGUAUCGAAAACAUAAAGACCUCAUUUCACAGUCAAUGUUCUCAUCUUUCAAUAGUCAGGUAUUCAAAACUAUAUUAUAUUGUAACUCUGAUGUGUAUACUUACUAUCCAUGCAAAAAAUAUAUCUCCU